CUUCCCUUCCCAUCUUCAUCCCUUUCCCCAAAUUCGAACCCUAAUCCUCUUUGUCCCCAAUCUCCUCCGCCCAUGGACGCUCAUCCCACCCCCUUCCCCGGCAAACGUAGGACGGCGUCCAAGUCCUCUGGGAAAAAUGGCGACGGCGUCAUCGCGAUGAACAAACCCCCAUGGCAAAGUGUCGCUGCUGCGCAACCUCAAAUCAAGCCGAAGCGUGCUUUUGGCGUCCCCAGAAGCACGAACGUUCCUGUCGAAAAACCUCUGUUGAUUUCCAAGACGCGCAAAGCUCCAGCUGCAGCGAAGAAGCCUUCCGAUCCAGAUCCCGCAGCGACUAAAACUGUAGCAACGGUUGUUGGUAAGAAGAAACCCCAUGUUACUUUUCAAGAACCAAAGAAGUCAGUAGCGAAAAGCAGCGAAGAUGAAGAACCUGAAGAGGUGGUCCGCACUCCGAAGCCAUUGAUCAAGCCUGCUGUUGCUAAGGGCACGCCUUACCUUAGCGCUCAGAACUGUAGCAAGUGCAGGCUCGACCAGCUCGAGUCUUCAACAUACUGGCUUGCGCAGAUAAGAUUGGCUGAAACAACGGGAAAGCACUUUGUGUCGGCAGCCUUCUUCAACCUUGCACUAGAAUGUCAUGCCCAGCCAUUUCAUAGACUCCUAAAUGAGCUCAGGCAUUAUGUGAAGCGACAUCAAGUCAAUUCUACGGAAUCAGUGUGGACCAAUCUAUCUCAGGCUUAUGAACUAGCUAAGGAGAAGUUAGUUUAUGAUUCGUGCGACCCCGCUCAAAGUAGCGCUCUUUUAUCUGAAAUGAACAAUUCGAUUGUUGAACCUGAAGCUAUAUUAUGUAAUGUUGGCCAAUGUCAUGAUUCCUUACUUGAAAAGGAUAAUUUGGAGCCCAGUUCUGGAAUACUAGAUUGUGAAUCUCACAAAGAUGAAUGCUCAAAGCUUGGAUGUAUUGAUUGUGUGCAAAUCGAGAAUAGUUCUCAGGAAGUAGCAGAGAUCAAAGAUGAUGAUAGCAAUGUACAUAUAUCUAAGAUGGAAGAAUCGAAGAGUCUGUUAAUUGACAAGUUACCCAUAUUUAAUGACACUAAUCGAUCUCCUGGCAGUAAAGAGUCAGAGAAGAAAACAUUUGGAGAAAGUAUAAAGAAAAAGUCUGGAAAUUGUUCAAACAGUUCGUCUCAAGAGAUCAAGACACCACCAACUUGUCCUUCUACUUGUAAAGGCAGGGAGAAAUUUAGUGGAAACAAUGAAAACUACAAGGGCUCAACCAACAAUUCGGUGAAGAGUAAUGAUGGCAGCAGGAAAAAAAGGAGUGAUCAGAUCACAGGCACUGGCAAGGAGGAAGAUGAGACUAGUAAAUCCACCAUCAAGAAGCUUGCAUGAGCAUCAUCAAGGCUUUGCCGAUCAAGAUAUUUGCUGCAAAAUCACAAUUAAUUAUGUUACUUCAGUUGAACAAGCUUCUGGUUGCAAUUCUGAUGUCCAAGGACAAUAUGUGUGCUGGUGUUGAUUUGUUUGUACAUUGUGGAUUUGGUUUCAGGCUGUCUUUGGAUUUGGUUGGGUAUAUCCUGUGUGAUGCAUGACUCUUUUGUAUUCUCAGAGUCAUUACCACUUUACUAUGUUUCUUUAACCUAUUAUUAGUACCAUUAAUUGAAUGUUUGAGCAUGUUAGUCAAA